ACCAGAUAUAGUGAAUGCAGGGUCCGGGGAGACCAGAUAUAGUGAAUGCAGGGUCCGGGGAGACCAGAUAUAGUGAAUGCAGGGUCCAGGGAGACCAGAUAUAGGGAAUGCAGGGUCCGGGGAGACCAGAUAUAGUGAAUGCAGGUGCCCGGGGAGACCAGAUAUAGUAGAUGCAGGGUCCGAGGAGACCAGAUAUAGUAGAUGCAGGGUCCGGGGAGACCAGAUAUAGUAGAUGCAGGGUCCGGGGAGACCAGAUAUAGUAGAUGCAGGGUCCGAGGAGACCAGAUAUAGUAGAUGCAGGGUC